AAAUCAAAACAAUUCCAAGUUCAUGAAACAAAAUAAAACGAUUACAGUUUAUAACAUAAAAUUACACGUUUAUCGUUUUAUUACCCCGAUCAGAAAGCGUACGUAACAGUACUUUUCCUUUUUUCUUCUUAUUUCUCCUUUUUCCUUUUUAACUAUAGCCUUUGAAACAACUUUUACCAAUUCGAAACAAGUUUCAAGUCUUUCUACUGAAUAUUAAGUUUAUUUAGUUCAUUUUUUUUUCAGUAACUACUACUUUUUUCAGUAGUUAAUUUCUUGUCUUAUAACAAUCGUUGUGGUAUAUCAAUUGAUACAAGCUUGGAUCGUUAAUUAUAUGCUAGUUUAUCCUUGAUAUCAUUAUGCUAAAACCCACUUCCUUUAGAAGUUAACAUUAAAGACGUUUGUUUCCUGUUUGUUAUUCAGUUUGAUUUGAAGAGUGAUGUGUGAAAGAUACGUAUUAAGCUUUAAUUAAUUUUAAUUGAAUAAUUUAAAAUAAAUUUAAGUAUGUAAAUGUCUUCAUUAUUAUCUGUUUUUGAAAUAAAUCACUAAAUUGCAAAAUAACAGUUUAAAGUUAAUUUAUGCCUACGUUGGAAUUUAAGGAAUUCUCUAUUAAACCUGAAUUAGUAGGUAGAGCUGGAUAUCCCUUAGAAAGACACACAUUAACUGCCAUCGAUGGUUACAUUACAACAAUUUUUCGACUCCCCAACAUUAAUUACCCUCACUCAAAUGGGCAACCCGUUUUUAUUCAACACGGAAUUUUAUCAAAUAGUGCUAAUUUUAUUACACACGGAAAUGUUUCUUUGGCUUAUGUUCUUUGGAAUGCCGGAUACGAUGUUUGGAUUGGCAACUUUAGGGGUAGCUACUAUUCAGAAGGACAUGUCAAUUUAACAACUUAUGAUAAAGAAUAUUGGGACCACAGUAUAGAUGAAAUGGCGCUUUAUGAUACACCGGAAGCAAUGUCUUACAUGACUUCGAUAACCGGAAAAUCUUUAUUUUAUAUCGGACAUUCCUUGGGGACGACGAUAGGGAUGAUGUACGCAUCGGAAUUUCCUGAAGAAGCCGCGAGAAAUAUAAAGCUUUUCGUUUUUAUGGCACCUGCUUAUACAUUAACAAAUAUGAUUUCACCAUAUAAACAAGUCGCUUACACUUUACCAUUUUUCUUGAAACUCGCAAAUGAUUUCGAUUUAAUCCGAUUAAUAUCGCAAUCGCAACCGUUAAGAUGGAUGAGCGAAAUUGUUUGUUUGGAAUCGCCAGUUUUAAUACAAUUGUGUGCUCAAUUGCAUAAUUUGUUUUAUGGACCUAUAACAGGAGUUGGAUCAGAAAAAGUUCCUGUUUAUUACAACGUAGUUCCCGGUGGGACAUCUUUAAAAGCAUUAACUCAAGCUUCAGCCUUAGUAAAAGGAGAGUUUAGAAAGUUUGAUUAUGGCAUAAAAAAGAAUCCCGAGGUUUAUGGAACCCUCCAACCACCUGAAUAUGACAUCAAAAAGAUUUUGGUACCUACUUAUGUGAUGUAUGGCCAAAAUGAUUGGGUUGUUGGACGAAAAGACUCACUAAAUUUUUAUAAUAACUUAUCACCAAUUGCUCGAUAUGGAAUUAGAGAAAUCAACGAUGGCGAUUUUAAUCAUUUAGACUUCGUGUACGGCAGGCGCGUUAAAGAAUACGCUUAUGAUCGAAUUAUACAAUUAUUUCAAACGUUUCCUAAUAGUAAAUAAGUUUAAAUAAGUAUGCAUUUAAAUUAUCGAAAUAAAAAAAUUCAAAAACUA